AACUGUGAGUCUAAUGUCUAUUUCGGCAUAAAUUGUUUCACCCACCUCAUUUAAAUACCAGUUUAUCAGUUAUAUGAAUGAGCAUUAUGGAUACAGUAUGAUAAGGUUAUGUAAGAGUGUAUGCAUCGUUAAUUUUAAAAGAAUACCGAUAAUACUCAUCGCGUCUUCAUUUGCUAUCGUUGAAAAGAGAAAAAAAAACCGAAAUUAUUUGUUUUUAUUUGUUUCGUAUAUCAUGGAUAAGGAUUAAUGAUUUGUUCCAGAAUGAUACUUUGUCCGAUAAUUGCAUUUACUCCACAUAACUGAAUAUACAGUUGACGUUGUUUGAGCUUGUUUUUUCGGGGAAUUAUCCAAUAGCAACAAUGAUUGAAAAGAGAUUAAUUUUGUCAAUUUUCUUUACGGUUGUAGUUAUGGCAUCUAUGGCAGACAAGAUUGAGGAUUGGAAAGACCAAAUGAAAAAGCUUCAAGGAAAAUGCGCAAAACAGUUACAAGUAGAUGAAGCUUCAAUUGAAAAAUUACUGAAGUCCACUACUGUUGACGUGUCGAGUAGCGAUAUACAGAAAGUUAUUUACUGCAUCGCAUUAGAUAUUGGAUUCAUGGACGCAAAUGGAAAUCUUGGGAUUCAGAAAGCUGAGGAACAUUUAAAAGGUCUUGGUUUAGAUGACAAAACUAUAAAGGAAGUAAACGAUAAAUGUAACAGUAUAGAAAAAGUUGCUGAUAAAAAUGUGUUAGUAGGUCGUUACUAUAAAUGUUACGAGGAAAAUUUACCAAGAAAAUAUCUUGUUCUAUGAAUAUAAUGUUUUUCCGUAUUCAGUUUUCAGUGGGAUUGGAAUAUAUAUGACUUUAUAUUGUUA